CAGACCUUGUGAGGGUUCUCACUGGUACAGCCGGCAGUCCCUGCUGCUGACAGUGGAUGGGGAAAUCGUUCGUGAAACUUCCUGUCAGUCCGUCUGCGAAAAACCAUCAGUUCCACACGGGGACGGAGUUGCGAGAUGAUCAAGGCCAUUCUAGUCUUCAACAAUCAGGGAAAGCCGCGGCUGACGAAGUUCUUCGUUCACUUCAAGGAAGGCGAGCAGCAGAUGGUGAUAAAAGAGGUGUUCCACAUGGUGUCAAAGAGAGACGAGAACAGCUGCAACUUCCUCGAGGGCUCGAGUAAACUAGGGGGAGGUGACUGGCGGCUGAUCUACAGGCACUAUGCCACUCUCUACUUUGUCUUCUGUGUGGAUUCCAAUGAGAGUGAACUGGGGAUUCUAGACCUCAUACAGGUGUUUGUGGAGACACUGGACAGGUGUUUUGAGAAUGUGUGUGAACUGGACCUCAUAUUCCAUGUGGACAGGGUCCACAACAUACUGCAGGAGAUAUGUAUAGGAGGCAUGGUCCUGGAGACCAACAUGUCAGAGAUACUCACUCACAUUGACUCUCAAACUAAGCAGGAGAAGAGCGAGGCCAACGCUGUCUCCACCAUCAAGAGUACUGUGUCCUCCGCUCCAAACAAGGCCCUGUCAGCUGUCAAGAACAUCCAGUCAUCAGCAACUGCCAAACUACCAGGAAAAAUCAAACUCUAGCACACCGCCUCACAGUGACUUUCUGUUUCCCUACCAUAUCGUGUGUUUUUAAAA